UUUUUCAUAGCAAAGAUGGCAGAGGGAGACAAGAAGGUGGCCAAGAAGGCUCACUGCAGCCGGAACCCUGUCCUGGCCAGGGGCAUCGGUCGCUACUCUCGCUCCGCCAUGUAUGCCCGCAGGGCCAUGUACAAGAGAAAGACCAAGACCACUGAGACCAAGAUUGAGAAGAAGCUGAAGGUCAAGACCCCAUCCACCAUCACCAAGACUGUUGGCGGUGACAAGAAUGGAGGCACUCGUGUUGUAAAGAUGCGCAAAAUGCCCCGUUACUACCCCACAGAGGAUGUGGCCCGUAAACUGAAGAACCAUGGUAAGAAGCCCUUCAGCCAGCAUAAGAGGAACCUGCGUGCCACCAUCACCCCAGGAACCGUGCUUGUACUGCUCACUGGACGCCACCGCGGAAAGCGUGUUGUGUUCCUGAAGCAGCUCUCCAGUGGUCUCCUGCUUGUAACUGGUCCCCUGGCCCUGAACCGUGUCCCCCUGCGCAGGGCACACCAAAAGUUUGUCAUCGCCACUGCAACCAAGGUUGACAUCUCUGGCAUGAAGAUCCCCAAGACUCUGUCAGACGCCUACUUCAAGAAGAAGAGGCUGAGGAGACCCCGUCACCAGGAGGGAGAGAUUUUUGACACAGAGAAAGAGAAGUACCAGUUGACAGAGCAGAGGAAGGAGGACCAGAAGACUGUAGACUCUCAGCUGCUACCCCUCAUUAAGAAGGUUCCCCAGCUGAAGGGCUACCUGCGCUCCUCUUUCUGCCUCUCCAACGGUGUCUUCCCUCACAAACUGGUUUUCUAAAUGUUGUAAUAAAGAGUACCACCAGUCCUAUCCCACCUUCUGGCUGUAUGUGUUGAAGUUGACAUUUUCAAUCAAUAGCCCAUCAAUACAAUCUUUUGGUGUCCUGUUAGACUCCCAGCAGCACCCUUGUAAUUCAAAACUCAAUGGGGAUGUGGCAGGCCAUGGCAUUCAGGGAGCGUCAGGUGUUUGGUUGCUGCCAUUGAAGUCUAUUGUCUACCAAAUCAGUUUCCAGUUGGCUUUCAUUCACCCCUACAAUAGAAUGUCUUCACUGGUAUAGAUUGAAGAGCUUUGUCAAUUGACAUUAAAGUAUUCAUGUUUAAACUGACUACAUUAACCUCCCAUACAAGGAUGCUGGAACAGGUACAUGCAAAACCAUAACUCUUUCCAUCUUGCCUUUGUAUAGUUUAACUUGGGCCAUACGAGUUACGGACCUUGUUUCUUAGGUCUGGAUACUACCAGUCGCUGGCUGCUCUAAAUUAAAUUAACACAUGCCCUCGAUAAAUGUUUGUUCGAAUUACUGUACAAAAGAGUAUUAGGAUUCUAAAUAAACUUCCUAAAUCGGU